AAACCGGAGUUCCACGCUUGUUUCUCGAGCCAGAAGUUGUCUCUCGUUUUCACCUCAGUCGCACUUGAAAUCAUCCACGCAUCACGGCAUCGCGACGCACGUCUGCUGCCAAUUUACCCUUCUCAGUCAUAUUCUGACCUAGCAACCUGCUGCCCACGUACUAAGAAUGGAUCACAGGCCGCCGUCGCUGGCGCAUCCCAACAAGCGCAUCCAGCUUCUUCCGCCGUCAUAUGCGGCGAAUGGCACCCUGGCAUCGACUCCAAAUCUAUAUGUCGACAUGGAAUCGGGGAUGGACAUUCUGAAAGUGAAGGGACGAGUUAAGUCUCUAAACAGUAUCGGGCACGGCUCAACCGGUCCUGUUAGUAACGGAACCAAUGCCAGUGCGGCAACGAAGACUCGUAAUGGCGCGGCCGACGGUUCUAGAAGGCUCGAAGAGUCUACGAAGGCCGAUGGUGGGAAAUUGAAGGCCUUUGCUAACGCGGAAGACAGCAAGGAGGCUGACGUGGAUAAGGGAGCUGCUAAAAAGGAGAAGAAGAAGAAGCUUCGGUGCAGCUUCUGCGAUCAGACUGAAUCGAAUGAGUCGACCGGUGCUUUGGUGGUCGUUGACGAGAAGGGCGUGGCUUUCGAGGUUGCGGGCGAGCUGACUCCCACCGAAAUCUGCGUCCACGAGGACUGCCUGCUUUGGUCCCCCGAGGUGCAUUUCAACAAGGGCCGUUUCAUGAACGUGCAGAAGGAGCUGCGCCGAUCGAGCGGGCUCUUCUGCACCGUGUGCGGCGGCCGUGGCGCAGCGCUGGGCUGCCGCGUGCCCGCGUGUCGCCACACGUACCACGUGCCGUGCGCUCGACAGACUCCCGGCUGCCACUUUGACGACGAUGCGUACGUGCUGUCGUGCCCGCAACACCCGCCCGAGGGAAACAAAACGAGGAAGCUCAAGCGCAAACAGCCAUCCCCGCCGGCGCCGCCGCCGCGAGCGGAGGAUUCCGAUGACGAAGAGGAGGCGGAGGAUGCGCAGGACGCGCGGAGGGGGAAGGCGGGGAUUCCCCCGCCCCCGGUCGUGGGGAAGAACCAGAGGCGCGCGCGGACUGGCGCAGGGGGAAGGGCUGGGGGGGCGGGGGGGAGGAAGGCUUCCGCGCAGAGGUCGACUCCUGUGCCGCCCAAGGUUCCUGUAACGAAGGACGUGAUUAUGAAGGAUAGGUUAGAGGAGACGGCACGUGCGGGCGAGGCUCCUGUAGCGAAGAACGCGAGCUUGAAAGAAGGCGCGGCUGCGGAGAGGGGUACGAAGGAGGAUGCGCCACGCGUGGACAAGGGAGUGGUUCCUGUUGCGAAGGUUCCUGUAACGAAGGACGUGCCUAUGAGGGGAGAUGUUCCAGUGGAGAAGACGGUGGCGGAGGGCGUGACACGUGUGCGAAAGGAGGGCAAAUCGCUUGAGAAUGGGCUGUCACCUGAGCUUCCGUCAGACAAGGUUUCGGUGAAGGCUCCAGCUUCAGCGGCUGCUGCUGCUGCUGUUAAUGGUGCUGGUGGCGGUGCUGGUGGUUCUCCUACAUCUGCUGCUCCUUUUCCUGCUGAUGUUGGUGCUUCUGCCUCUGCUGCUUCCGCUGCCAGUGCUAUUGCUGCUGGCUCUGGCGUUGCCGGUGCUGCUGGUGCUGCGGGUGCUGUGACAGUCGCCUCUGCAACAGAUGCUGAUAAUGUCUCCUCUGCGCCUGAAGCUGUAAGCGCCUCUCUUGUUCAAGAUGGAGAGAAGGGCGCCACUAAGGAGAGUGACACUAAAGAGACUGCUACUAAAGGGGGAUUCGUGGAAGGAAGGUCUGUCAAAAAUGGGGAGGAGAAGAAAGGAGAGGACGAGGUUAAGCAGGAGGAAAGGGGGGGCAUGAGCCUUGGAGCGUUGAACGCCAUGGCCCCUUGCAGCAGCACUGCGCUUGCAUCUGCAAGCGCACAACCUAAGCCGUGUAUCCAGGCUCACGCAACUAACGCGGAUAGCGAAGCAGUCUUUAAGGUGCCUCAGCCGGUGGUUAUGACGAAGCAGCUGGGUGCAGGGGAUGGGCCGGACGGCGGGAAGGGGGAGGGACGGAUGGAGAAAGGCCGGAUGGAGAUGUGGAAGGGAGGUUGUUCUUCUCGAGAGGAAGUGCGGAGGGAAGAGAACGUGGUGGAGGAAGUGAGAGUGAGGGGAGGAGGGAGUGUGAAGAAAGACGAGAGGGGAAGGGAGGAAGAAAGGGAGGAAGAGAGGGGGGAGAAGGAGGAGAGGGUGGUUUCUGCAGUCGGUGAAGCGACAGAGGGCGAUGGUGCGUUGAAGACAGGGGCUGAUAGGUUCUGCUCCAGGAGCAGCGGCAAGCCACCCAGCCAGUGGGUUCUAUGCGGCUCAGCGCUUAAUUCAGCAUCCAAGUCCCGCCUGGCUAAGUUUGCUGACGCCAUUGGCGCACAGCUGACGUCAGACUGGAGUCCACGUGUCACCCACCUAUUGGUCGGCACGGAUUCUGAGGGGAAGGCGCGAAGGACGCUUAAGAUGGUGAUGGCCAUACUCCAUGGGCAGUGGGUGCUCAGCAGCAAGUGGUUACCCUCCUCCCCCAACCCAGACGCCCUGAGCCCUGAGGGGCCAUUCGAGGUGGCGUGUGACUCGCACGAUGAGGCAGGGGGCGCUGCACGCGGCAGGCUGCACUAUGCGCCAAUCGCCAAGGGUUUCCCCGCACCUCCGGCUCUCUUUGGCAAUAUCACUGCAGUUUUCCUGGAAGGCGGCUUCCUCAGCCCUUCCUUUGCUGACGUGGCGAGCAUCCUUCAGACUGGCGGCGGCACGGUCAUCCCAAGCAGUGUCCUCCAAUCACCCACUGCCAAGAACCUUCUAGCAUGCUUCUCCCCUAGCAUCAGCAACACCACCGCUGCUGGUGACACCCGUACCAAAGCCUCAAAGACUGAGGAGAGAGGAAAGGAACAAGGGAAGAAUGACGACAAAGGGGGGUAUGAGGGUGAUCAGCGGGUCCCCUUGGGGCACGGGGGGAAGAAGGUUCUUUUGGUGGUUUAUGCAGACGUGCCUGCGAAUACUGUUGUUGGGUCUGGUAAGAUGCGGAGAGAACUGGCGUUGGUUGAGAAGCGGAGGGACGCUGCAAUGGAGUUGGAGGAGGAGGUUGGGGCUCGUGCAAGUGUGACACAUAACUGGAUCAUCGACUCAGCAGCCGCUUUUGAGCUGAAGGCACUUUAAAGCUCAAACCCUAUUAGGUCUCCAUAGUUUCGCCUUUUGAUUAUAGCAUCACUAAAUUUUAUUUUUGUCG